CGCUCAAUGAGCUGCGCUUUUUCUCAGGAGCGCUUUUCUGUCUGCUCAGUGGAUGGCUCAGGCAUGGCCGACAAACAAAGACGGGACAUGGAAGAUGCGCAAAGCUGGCCCUACGGCCGUGCCGCACGCUCAAUAAGCUGCGCUUUCUCUCUGCCCAGUGGACGGCUCAGACUCGCCGACCACAUAUUCGAGUGAAAGUAUGGAUGAGAUUCAUCUUAAAAGAGUAGACGUUUCCAACGGAGAGCCGUAGACACGGACAGAGCCAGUCGAUGGAGACUUUCUUGAACGUUCCCCAUUUACGAGCCGCUGCGCGCUUGCGCGCUUGUGUAUGUUGGAGCUCACUCGACUUCCUGUCGGAGUUGGCAGAGAUGCAGAUUGAAAACAGACGCUCUUUCUCUCGCUCGCUCGCUCGCUCGCUCUCUUUUUCCUUCCCUUCGCCUGCUUGUCCAUUCGCCGAGCGAGUCAGUUUGUUUCCAGUCAAGCGGUGGGAAGGAAAAAGCGUCGGGAAGAGAAGGAACGCUGCCGACCGACCCAAGGCGCACAAGGUCGGAAGAAAACUAUUUUGAUACCACUCGGGUUGGUGCGUAGCUGCCAAUGCUCUACUUUCUGUCUUGUUUUCGAAACUGGCGUCCAAUGCGGCUUCUGAAGUCGCCGCCAGCCGGGCUUUCCGUAGAAGUAAAGACAAAAAUGUCUGUUGAUGCCUUUAGCAGACACGUGUUGACUUGGCAAUAUUUGACUCCGCCCCCUCGGGGUGAUCCGCUCCCAUUUUCCGCAAAGCGGCGGCUAGGACCAACUCUUUGUCAAUGUCACGUGGUUGUCUCGGGUGUGUUUAUCUGUGUGCGGCAGGUCGAUGAUCGCUUUGGCCUCAUCCCAUCCUCCCUAAAGUCACAUGGCCGACUGAGGAGCCAGAGUAACUAUGGCAUCCGUGGGAGUACCAGAAGCAAGUCUGAAACGACUGCACUUCCUCUUGGGUGUGCUCCUGGUUCUCCCAAAAGGGGCUGUCAAUCUGGAGCUGGUUCCUCUGGCCUCCCAAGUUCUGCUGCAGCCUCAUGCCAACUUCACUGUGGUGUGCUCCGGAUGGAGCCAGGUGUCGUGGCGCUUACCGUGGCAGGAAUCUCAGCAGGACACGGUUGUGGUGGAAAAGGAGGGAUCCCGCAGCGUCCUGCGCCUUUUCAACGUCACCUGGAAGAAUUCUGGCAGAUACGCCUGCGAGGAGCCGGCGUCCCAUCAGAUCAGAGAGAUGGACGUCUUUGUACCCGGACAAGGUCCGGACCAGUGGUUUGUUCCGCUUGGCCCGGGUGUGGUGAUGAAGGACAAGGAGGAGGAUACCAUCCCUUGCGUGGUGUCCGACCCGCUUCUGAACGUCAGCCUCUACCAACGCGGCGGCGGCGAGGAGCAAACGCCGGCCUUCGGACUGAAGUAUGAGCCGGGCCGCGGCUUCACGGGACGCCUGAACGACUCGUCCUACGUGUGCGUGGCCUCCGACGGUGCCGAGGAGACGCGCUCGCAGGUCUACUAUGUCUUCAGCGUGGUGGUUGCCAAGGAGCUGCAGGUGGACUUGACGGCGUCCGGCAGCGUGUUGAAGCGUGGACAGCGGCUGGUGAUCAACUGCACCGUCCAAGGCAGCGACAUGGUUUACUUCUCUUGGACCUUCCCCCGCAGAGAGGAAAUUGAGCCGCUGACAGAAUUUGGGCCCAAUCAAAUCCGUUCCUUCGUAGACAUCCCCUCUAUAACUCUGGCAGACUCGGGUGUGUACGUGUGCGCCGUUCAGGAAACCCUGCAAGGGGGGCGUGUGGAAAAGAGCAUCGCAGUGAACGUACUGGAUCGUGGUUACGUUUCUGCGCGGGCGACGCAUGACACAAAUGUGUCUGUGCUGGUCGGACACACGGUGGCGCUGCGGGUGGAAGUGGACGCCCACCCUCCGCCCACGGUGGUGUGGCACAAAGACAACCGCAGCGUCGUCGUCCUCAUGGGAACAACUGUCGAGUCUGUCACGCGUGUGACGGACGGCAGAUACGUGAGCACGUUGAGCUUGGCGAGGGUCCGCUUGGAGCAAACGGGAAGUUACGCAGCCAGGAUCUACAAUGAAGAUGACCAGGAGGAGGUGUUCUUCUACCUGCAAGUUCAAGCGCCCCCGAGGAUCACGUCACUGACAGAGACGGGCACUCGGGCCAUGUUGUGCGUCUGCGAAGGAGCUCCGCCCCCUUUUGUCACCUGGUACACGUGCCACAGUGCACGCGGAUGCGCUAACGGGACAGGUAGCUGGACGAGCCAAUCGGGUGCUUCUGAGGGUGUGCUCCUGCAGGUGAACGUCAGCGCCCUGGCAGAUGGAGGCCUAACCCAGGUGCGCAGCCUCCUGAGCCUGGAAACCGCUGCUGCCGCCACUUUGACCGCCGUCCGAUGCGAGGCCUCAAAUUCCGCAGGAGGACGAGCCAGAGACCUCAGACUGACGUCCACUUCUCUCUUGUCUCAGGUGGCCAUGCUGGCGCUGGUUCUGGUUCUGGUGGUCAUUGCCAUCAUCUUUCUGGUCAUCCUCAUCAUCCUGUGGAGAAAGAAACCUCGCUACCAAGUCCACUGGAAGCUGAUCGAUUCCGUCAGUCCCGACGGACUGGAGUACACCUACCUGGAUGCCGGCCGGCUGCCCUACCAUCCUUCCUGGGAAAUACCCAGGGACAACAUCGAGCUAGGCCAAGUGCUGGGUUCGGGAGCUUUCGGCCGAGUAGUGGAAGCCCAGGUGUUGGGUCUGCUCCGGGACCAGACGACCACCACCAGAGUGGCUGUCAAGAUGGUCAAACCCAACAGCGGCGCAAGUGGGUCGUUGUUGUCCGAGCUGAAGGUUUUGUGUCAUCUGGGUCCUCACGUGAACAUCGUCAACCUGCUCGGAGCGUGCACGUCAGGAGGUCCCGUCUACGUCGUCACUGAGUUUUGUUGCCACGGAGACCUGGCCACCUACCUGCGAUGCCGCAAGCAGACUUUUGUGCACGCCAAUGCGAGCGCUAAGAGAGAGGCAGACGGCGGUUACAUGGACAUGAGCGAGCGGGAGGGCGCAGCCGUGGUUAGCCACCACGAGAGCGCGGCGGCGGCGGCUGACCAGCAGGAGGCAUUGUCGUCAUCGUCACUGCCGCUUCUCAGCGACUCUACCGUCCUGGGCGUGAGUGACCUCCACAGCUUCUCUUUCCAGGUCGCCAGCGCCAUGAACUUCCUGUCAUCACGCAACUGCGUGCACAGAGACCUGGCAGCCCGCAACGUCCUGGUAUGCGAGGAGCGGCUGGUGAAGGUGGACGACUUUGGCCUGGCUCGAGAUCUGCUCAAGGAUCGGGACUACGUGGCCCGAGGAAACGCCUUGCUACCGCUCAAGUGGAUGUCCCCGGAGAGUAUUUUCCAAAGCGUUUAUUCCUCCAAGAGCGACGUGUGGUCCUACGGCGUUCUGCUCUGGGAGAUCUUCUCUUUGGGUGAAAGUCCGUAUUCGGAGCUCCCCGCGACGCAGCAACUGUACGGCGCCCUGAAGCGAGGACACCGCUUGGCGCAGCCGCAGCACGCCGACUCCAACAUUUACGGCAUGAUGCAAGCGUGCUGGAGCCAGCGCCCCGGUGACAGGCCGUCGUUUUCGUCGUUGGCGGCGUCCAUGGACGCCGUGUUGACGGACGAGUGCAGAAAGACGUACGCCAGGCUGACGGAAAGCUUCCUGACGGGCCAGCAUCCGGCCGCCGUCCGAUCCCGACUGACAUCGGCGGCCGUCGACGGAAGUAAGGUCCCUGAGGCGACGGUUCACCUGUUGGAGGCGGGACCUUCCCACGGUGACUACGUCCUUCCAGUCAAGGUGGAGACACGCGGCGGCGGCGACACUGCGCCGGACGCAGACAGAGCUGAGGCUGCGCAGGAAGUGACAUCAGAAAGACAAGAGGAAAGCUGCCUUUGAGAAGCACCACCAAAACAAUCUUGUAACCGAUUUGCUAUGGCGACGCGACGCUGCUGUCCAACUUGUAGCUUUGCUCAGCUUGAAUUAAAAACCAAUCGACUUGGU